AUGUCUAAAACCGAACCAACUAAUUUAUCCUUCAGCAUUUGGCCACCUACACAACGCACCCGUGACGCUGUCGUUCAAUGUCUCAUCGAGACUCAAUCUUCCCAUCCUAUCCUUUCCAAACGUUACGGCACCGUUCCGCUUGAAAAGGCUACUGAUACCGCUAGGCUCAUUGAGAAAGAGGCAUUUAACUAUGCUGGUUCCUCUUCUUCCCCUGAUAACGAAGACAUCAAGAUCCUUCGGGUAUACUCCAAGGAGAUUAGCAAGCAUUUGCUGGACACUGUGAAGGACAGAUCUGCUACUACUGCUUCCACGAGGACUGAAAAUAGACCAUCGGAGCCACUAGCUGAUGCUUUGGAGCAAACUUCAUCUGCUCCUCACGCUGAGGAAAUCUCAUCCGUUGGGACCGAGUCUUGAAAAUUGUAACGAGGUCAUUUAGGUUAUGAAUAUUUGCCUCUGCAGUGAAAAAAUUUCUAGCUUGUAGUUAAUUUCGGUGUAUGAGAUUGCAAUGUAUUGUUUAUGGAUUAGAUAACGUUGGAUCUCUUCAAACUUCUAUGUUAGAGCCUUCUGAUUAAUAUAUGCUUUAAUCAUUA